GGAGUCGAGCUGUUGAGUUGCAGCCACGAGGUGUGGGCUGAGAAAGGAAUAAGAAUGUGGAAUAAUCUGCUAACGUUGAGUUUUUGGCAGAAGCUUGCGUCUGUGCAAGAUAAUUGUGAUGGUGCAUUGGUAUCUACCUUACCUUCAUCAGCCUUUACCAGUUCUUCUGAGUUCUUCAGUACUCACAGUCCCAGCUUUGCAAAGCUCAACAGGCGAGAUGGAGCUGGAGGCUGGUCCCCUCUGGACUCCAAUGAGCAGCAGUGGCUCCAGGUUGAUCUCGGAGACAGAGUGGAGAUUGUUGGGGUCGCUACCCAGGGCAGGUAUGGGAGCUCCGACUGGGUAACCAGCUACACGCUGAUGUUCAGCGACACCGGCCGCAACUGGAAGCAGUACAGAAAAGACGACACCGUCUGGGUUUUCACAGGGAACAGCAAUGCUGACAGUGUGGUUCACCACAAACUCCUGCACUCCAUGAAAGCUCGCUUCUUGCGCUUCGUCCCUCUGAAGUGGAAUGUCGGUGGUCACAUAGGGCUGAGAGUGGAGGUCUUCGGCUGCUCCUAUAAGUCAGAUAUUGCAGACUUCGAUGGCAGAAGUUCCCUCCUCUACAGGUUCAAUCAGAAGCUUAUGAGCACGUUCAAAGAUGUGGUUUCCUUAAAGUUCAAGAGCAUGCAGGAGGAUGGAGUCUUAUUCCACGGAGAAGGACAACGUGGAGACUAUAUUACCCUGGAAUUGCAGAAAGGGAAGCUCUCCUUGCACAUCAACCUGGGGGACUCCAACCUGCAUUUCACUAACAGCCACACAUCCGUCACCCUGGGCAGCCUCCUAGAUGACCAACACUGGCACUCGGUUCUCAUAGAGCGCUUCAACAAGCAGGUGAACUUCACAGUGGACAAGCAUACUCAGCAUUUUCGAACGAAGGGGGACUCGGAUCAUUUAGAUAUCGAUUACGAGCUCAGCUUUGGAGGCAUUCCUGUCCCAGGGAAACCAGGAACCUUUCAGAGGAAAAACUUCCAUGGCUGCAUUGAGAACCUUUAUUACAAUGGAGUCAAUAUAAUUGACCUGGCAAAAAGGCGCAAACCUCAGAUCUAUACUGUGGGGAAUGUGACCUUUUCCUGCUCAGAACCACAAAUUGUUCCCAUCACGUUUGUCAGCUCCAGUAGAAGCUACUUGUUACUGCCUGGCACUCCUCAAAUUGAUGGGUUGUCAGUCAGUUUUCAGUUUCGAACAUGGAAUAAAGAUGGCUUACUCCUGUCCACUGAAUUGUCUGAAAAUUCAGGAUCUCUUUUGGUUUACCUCCACGGUGGGAGAUUGACACUUCUUAUUCAGAAAGUGGCAGAAGACCCAGUGGAAAUCAGUGAAGGCACCAAUCUCCAUGAUGGGCUUUGGCAUUCACUUAACAUCAACGCCAGAAGACAUCGCAUUACCCUGACACUGGAUAACAAUGCUGCCACUGCUAGCCAUGCAACCACUGUCUCAAGAAUCUACUCAGGGAACAGCUACUAUUUUGGAGGGUGCCCUGACAACUUCACUGAUUCCCAAUGUUUAAAUCCUAUUACUGCUUUUCAAGGCUGUAUGAGGCUCAUCUUUAUUGAUAACCAGCCCAAGGACCUCAUUUUAGUUCAGCAAGGCUCCCUGGGGAAUUUUAGUGAUUUACACAUUGAUCUGUGUGACAUCAAAGACAGAUGUUUGCCUAACUACUGUGAACACGGAGGAAAAUGCUCUCAGUCCUGGACCACAUUUUACUGUGACUGUAAUGACACAAGUUACAUGGGGGCGACCUGUCAUAACUCUAUCUAUGAGCAGUCAUGUGAGGCUUACCGGCACCAAGGGAAGACAUCAGAUUUCUUCUACAUUGAUUCUGAUGGAAGUGGACCACUUGGACCGCUCCGGGUUUUUUGCAAUAUAACAGAAGACAAGAUCUGGACUGCCGUGCAGCACAACAACACAGGGCUAACCAGAGUUCAAGGAGCUGGUCCAGAGAAGCCCUACACCAUGUCCUUUAACUACAACAGCAGCGCAGAGCAGCUUGAAGCUGUGAUAAACAGUGCAGAGUACUGCGAGCAGGAGGCAGCCUACCACUGCAAAAAGUCACGUCUCCUCAACACCCCGAAUGGAAUACCAUUUGCUUGGUGGGUUGGACGUGCCAAUGAAAAGCAUCUUUACUGGGGAGGAUCACUUCCGGGCAUUCAGCAGUGUGCAUGUGGACUGGAAGAAAGUUGUCUGGAUAUGAGAUAUUUUUGCAACUGUGACGCAGAUAGAGAAGAAUGGACAAAUGAUACCGGCCUUCUUGCUUUCAAAGACCAUUUGCCUGUAACUCAGAUAGUGAUCACUGACACAAACAGAUCAAAUUCUGAGGCUGCUUGGAAAAUCGGUCCUUUGCAUUGCUAUGGAGACAGGCAGUUCUGGAACGCCGCUUCCUUCAACACAGAGGCUUCCUACCUGCACUUCCCCACCUUCCACGCUGAGGUCAGCGCAGACAUCUCCUUCUUCUUCAAAACUACGUCUCUCUCUGGAGUGUUCUUGGAAAACCUUGGGAUGAAAGACUUCAUACGAGUUGAAAUAAGAUCCCCCAAAGAGAUCACCUUCUCCAUAGAUGUUGGGAACGGCCCCACAGAAGCAACUGUGCAGUCUCCCACACCCUUGAAUGACAAUCAGUGGCACUAUGUCCGAGCAGAGCGGAACCUCAAGCAAACCAGUCUCCAGGUGGACAACCUCCCCAAGAAGGUCCUGGAGGCACCUGCAGAGGGGCACUUUCGGUUGCAGCUCAACAGCCAAUUAUUUGUAGGAGGAACAGCUUCCAGACAAAAGGGCUUUUUGGGAUGUAUUCGAUCUCUGCACUUAAACGGACAGAAACUUGACCUUGAAGAAAGAGCUAAAAUGACUCCUGGUGUUAAACCCGGAUGUCCAGGGCACUGCAGUAGUUACGGUAACCUGUGCCAUAAUGGAGGAAAAUGCGUGGAGAAGUAUAAUGGGUAUUCUUGUGAUUGCACCAGCUCAGCCUAUGAAGGGCCCUUCUGCAAGGAAGAGGUUUCUGCUUUAUUUGAAGCUGGCACUUCUAUUACCUAUAUUUUCCAAGAACCUUAUCCUGUCACGAAAAAUGCAAGCACUUCAAGUUCUGCCAUUUAUGCGGAUGCCAUCACGUCCAAGGAAAAUAUUGCAUUUAGCUUUCUUACGGCACACGCUCCAAGCCUUCUGCUGUACAUCAACACCUACUUCCAUGAAUAUUUGGCUGUGAUUCUCUCCAAGAACGGAAGUUUACAGGUUCGAUACAAGUUGAGUAAGGAUGGACUGCUCAUCUUCACAAUCGACUCUGGAAAUUUUGCUAACAGAGAGAUGCAUCAUGUGAAGAUAAACAGAGAAGGCAGAGAGCUCAUCAUUCAGGUUGAUCAAGUCAUCAAACUCAAGCACAACUUUUCUGAGAUUGAUUUUAAGGCCAUCAAAUCACUUACUUUGGGCAAGGUCACAGAUAGUUUACCGCUGGACCCUGAAGUCUCAAAGGCAAACGCCUAUGGUUUCACUGGCUGCAUGUCCUCUGUUUGGUAUAACCAUGUUGCUCCCCUGAAAGCUGCCUUACGCCAUCCCAGCAUUGCUCCCGUGACUGUCAAGGGUUCCUUGACUGAAUCCAGCUGUUCAUCCCUAAUGGAAACUGAUGUGAACACAGCAACCACAAUAUAUUCCUCUUCAGAUCCUUUUGGGAAGACAGAUGAAAGGGAGCCUCUCACCAAUGCGGUCAGAAGCGAUUCUGCUGUGAUUGGAGGUGUAAUAGCAGUUGUGAUAUUCAUCAUCUUUUGCAUCAUCGCCAUCAUGAGCAGAUUCCUCUAUCAGCACAAACAGGCACAUCGAAGUAGCCAAACAAAGGAGAAGGAAUACCCAGAAAAUCUUGAGAGCUCUUUUAAAGCUGACAUUGACUUGCAGAACACAGUGAGCGAGUGCAAACGAGAAUAUUUCAUUUGAUGGACAAUGCAAUUUCUUUUUACUCUUACUCCCCUAAACUUCCUUCCUCCCUUCCUUUCUUCCCCCUACUCUUCCUUCCCCUCCCCCCCCUUCUUUUUUUUAAACAUUCAUUUUUUUGCUUAAUUUAUUUUUUAUUUGGGAAAGAUCACCCUGCAAAAGAAACACUGACAACAAUCACAGUGCCUCAUUCUCAGCGUAACAACCUGGCAAUCACAGUUUACUCCUGCAGCUCAAGAGACCCGUUAUCCCACUCUGAACAAAGUAAGAUCCACACAUGCACCUGGUUUCUGCUAUGACUUCCUGGAUGUUCUGAAGUCCCUACUUCUACUUUUGUGUUUGUUGUGUUGGUUUUUUUUUUCCCCCCUUCUCGAACAGUUAAUUCAUCACAUUUACAAUAGAGCUGGACUAUGUAAGCAGCUGAGUACAUAGCUCUGCAGAUACUGGGACAGGAGAGAGGGAAAGAAUGAGACCAAACCACCUGACCUAUUUUACAGGCUCAUUUACAACAGCCAUAACAAACCAGAAAAAUUCUCUAGUGAUAUGGAUAGGCAUACCUCUAUUGAUUUCAGUGGUGUUACAUAAAUUUAUACCAGUUGAGAUACUGUUAUGAGGUAAUGAAAAAUAAAACCUAAUUAAGCUCCUUCCCCCAACCUCCUGUCCUUUUACUGUAACUUUUAGGCUUACCAAUUCUUUUCCAACAAUGUAUGUAUCAACAAUGAAUAUCAUUCCCAUACACUUCUUUCACCUCCAUCUCAUAAGGCUGGCUUUGUAGACCCAACAUACUCUAGCGUAUCUCUAGCCGAAGCAUGGAAAAUAGUAGCUUGAAUCUCCAAGGGUUUUAGGAAGCUGCUAGGACUUAGGUGCACUAUAGUUGUCUGAAAUGUUAUAAAUGCAGCAUAUGUUCAUGACAUAUGGAGGAUUAUCAUGUGUUGAGGUUAAACACUGUUGCCACUGAGGCAAAUAAAAUACACAAGUAGUAGUAAUAGUUUAAUCUUAAACAUUAUACGUCAGUUAUUAAAAUAAAAUGAUUAGAAACAAUAACUCCAAGUGCUCAAAAAAAAAAAAGCCUGCAAAAACUGCAUGAAAGAUUGAGUGAUAUUUCUUUGUAGAACCUGGAAUAACCGCUCCAAAGCUAAAUAGAGAUUUAAUAUUAUGUCUAAAAAGGUUAAUAUUUAAUCAAGCCUAUGAAAUCUGCGAAAAAAAUAAAACUCCCAAAUGCUACAAUUAAGGCAAUCAGUAGAGAAGGUUGAAGUCUUCUGUCCUUUCCUAAUCGAGAACAAUACCGAAGGCUCAAAUCCUGCCCAUUUUAAUUGUGCUGCAUAGUCUUAGUAUGAGCCUCAAAAAUCUUUUCAGUCAUAGAUGUUGUAACCCUGGGGAAUUGAGAGGUCCCUCCAAGGUGAGGUUUUUCACACCUUGCACAUUUUCUUCACAGGGCUGCUGAAGAGUAUUUGGAAUUUGCUGUCAGACUUGCAGGUUUCUCACUGGAGUUGGAUCAGUUUAACAGCUACUUAUUGCCAUAUUCUCUGGAUGAGAAUUUAGUCAGGAAAAUUAUUGCAGUGCUGAAUCCCUUUCUUUGUCCCCUGCAUCAUUCUGGAGUCAUCCUAGGGUAUCCACAUACUGAUUAUUUUCACAUUGAUUAAAAUCAAAGAUCUGUUGUGUGAGGUUAUGCUCAAUAGCAAAUUACUGAUGAAAUCAGACAAGCAACAGGUGUGUUUUGUGUUUGUUUUUUUCCUCCCCCUCCCCCAACCCCCCUUCCCAGGCACUAUACUGGUCACAGAGUUCUUUUACAGGAGGUUUUGUGAUGGGAGGAAAGGUCAGACAAAGAGGAAAAAAUAAAGGACAGGUUGGAAGUGAUUAUUAUCACUCCUUUUGAUGAGAAGCAGAAUCCAAUGAAGAGAAAGCAAUCCUGGAAUGAUACUGCUCUUACACAAAGAGGAGUACGUGACACCAGCCCCAUGACCAGAAGACUAACCAAGCAAUUUUACAAAGCUGGCUAUGCUGAAAUUAGAAUUGGUUCCCUCCUUCCUUGACCGGGGUUUUCAGCAGUCUUUUUGGCUCACGCUGGAUGUCUGCAUGGUAUAUGAUUGAGUGUCUGGGCACAGCAAGAUGCACAAUGAUGGACUCAUUGGCUGUGUUCACUAUGUUGCUUUAUCUCCCACUGUGAAAUCCUGGCAAAGCAAUUCUUUUCUCCCUCCUUCCCCUAGAUAAAUCUGAAUAGCUUUUCACGGUAGGAGGGGAAGAAUAAGCAAACACAUGGGCACCUACACCCAUGUUUAAGUCAUUUUAUUUGAAGCAACCCCUGUAUGAGCCAACUCUGACAACCUAAUGUUCUUAAUAAGCUUUAUGAAGAAUGAACAGGAAGGAGGGGAAAGCACAUUGAUGCAUUUUUGUCGCCCCAUAAAACUAUCUUUCUCUGUUCAGUCAGUCUGAUAGACGCAAACCAUCCUUCUGCUUUGCUACAUAUUAGUUAGUAGGAAUAAAAGCACUACAAAAUGCAGCUACGGAGUGCAAAACGCAGUGGAAUAGCUGGAGAGGGGACACUAAGCAAUGAAACCCAGUCCUCUCAUUUUUCAAGUGACUAAAUCACUUUCAGCCAUCUCAGAGCCUGAUUCUGCUAGAGGCUUAGAUUUCUCAAGGAGGAUCAAGUUCCCAUCACCAGAUGUAGAUACUAGCGUUGCUGCAAACAUUUCAGAUACAGUUCAGUGGCUCAGUUCUGGGAGAGGUGUAAGUGGUAUGCAAUGUGCAAGCACAAGCUGGCAAAACAGUGUGUUGUCCUUAUUUUCCUUUCCCUCAUUCAUUAUAGUCCAGGCUCGUAAAACUACUUGAGAAUUUUACUAUAUCAGUGUGCUUCUGUAAAAAGAAAGAACUGCACAUACAUAAAUGCAUGCACAACUGUAGAGAAACACAUGCAUCUGUACCCAUGGAUGUAAUGAGUGUGAAUGUUUAUAUGCUACAGAGCUGGAUAAAAGAACACUUUUGUAGAGGUCUGCAUCUAAGAUCCUGCUUUUAAAUCAGGUUGUUAAUGAUCUUCUAACUAAAAAAAAAAUAGGUAAGAACUACUAUAUAAGGUAAACCCUUGCACUGUUUAUUUCAUUUGUUUGUUUAUUUUAUUGCAGUGCUUUCCUUAACGAAGGCAUCACUGGUUUACUUUAGUAACAGUUAGUGACAAUAAACAUUAGAGAAAAUAAAUACAAUUUUUCAGAAAUCUCCCAAUGUUAAGACUGCCUUCAUUUCCCAUAGUUCAAUUAAACCUUCCCCCCCCCCCCCCCAUCUAUUGCAAACCGCUUGCGCUAUGUUUAUUAAAAGGGCUUUAGUCCAGAGGUUGGGGGUGGGGGGGGAGUUUCUUCCCUGUUUUAACUGUCAUCCUAGGAAACAGCUUUCAGUAAACAUCAAGAAAAAUACUUUUUAUGUGUACAGUGUCAGGGGCUUAUUUUAACGUAAAACCAAAGAACUCUAAAGGUUUUGGGAGGGCUUUUGUUGUGGAAUAUUUUUUGUUCUUUUCCCUAAGAAAAACCUCAAAAGAAUGUAAGGGGCAAUCAGAAGAAUCCCACGGCCCUUUUUUCUCUCCUAGAUUUAUGUAACCUCUGAAAAUUAUGUCUCCUAGGGAUUUUUAGGCUACCAAACACUGAGAUACAGAUUUAGGCACUGCAAAUUCCUAUUUCCCAGAAAUGACUUAGCCAGUAAUAGCCACACUCUGUGCAUCUGCUUUGGCUGUGAGAUGUUUUAAAUACUACAAGGCAUUUAAGUACCUUUGAAAAUUGAGUUCCGUUUCUCUUUUAGAAAUAAAGCAUUAGUCCAAAUAACCAGAAGUGUAACUUGCAGUAAGUUUUUCCACUGUCCUUAUUCACUUACUGGAGAAAAGGCUACAAGAGUCUGGAGUGCAUUUUUAACAUGUACACCUUCCAUUGCCCCCCCCGCUCCCCCCCCUUUUUUUUCCUUGGCAUGGCACUACAAUGAAGACAAAGCCAAACAUGAUACAGGCUUAACUCAAACUACCUAAACUCAUUUGGGUGAAAGUAGCUUUGAAGAAAAGCCAUUUAGAGCUUCCCUAAGAUUAACUUCAGUCAUGAGAUUCCCCUAACACUUAUUUACAUUAAAAUAGAUGAUGGUCAAAAAAUCAAAGAUGGGAUGUAUCCUCUCUUCUUUGUUUUAACUUGAUCUAGCCAGACUGAACCCAUCCCAUUUAUCAAUCCCUAGGUUUUCACAGCGUAGGCCAAAACAUUAUUUUCAUGAGAUGAUUGCCUACAUUAGCAUUUAGCUGAUCACACAUUUGGGGAGGAACAAUCAAUACAUGGUUUCGCUAGACUGGGGGGGAUAUGAAUCUUCUCAUAAUGAAGACCAUGAACGAUUUUGCUUAGUGUAGGAUUGAGCUCUAGACCACUAAGAACUCGAAGACUGUCUCUGAGUCUUUUCAUUUUGUUUUGGUUGGCAUUUGUUUUCAGAGGCUACUUGUUUCACACUUGUCAUUAAGUCAGUGAGGUCAGCAAAUGUCUCAAAGAUGAAAGAUCAGAGAUGCAUCUUUCUCUCUACUGAUCAUAAAGGGAGAGUAGGAUCCUGGCAAUAGGCUAGCUACUUAUGAGUAUUUGCCUAUAUAAAGGGAUCUUGAACUACCCUUGCAGCUCCCGUAGACACAUCUGCACAAGGCUUACAAGAAACAUGUUUCUUUUGAAGGUGCCAGCUGGGACUGGUGAAGGAUCCUCCUAGUAUCUAAAACUACCCUAGGCAUCUCUGGUUAGAAAAUUCAUCUGUCUGCUCAUAGCUGAAUACAUGAAAGUCACGUGUCAAAGCACCCUUUUGAGUCUGUGGCCAUCCUGUCAGUAAUCUGGAGCUCAGAGAGUAUAAACCUGUCUCCGAUCUAUUCAAGAUCCAGAAUCCAUUCAUUGAUUAGUAUGGGAGCUUUGACAAAUAGCAUACCUGUAAACAGUUCUUCACAUUUCAUAAUCUAAAGCUGAAUCAGAUGGCAUGAAGAUGCCUUUCUACCCCAGUAUGUCUGGUGCCAUUUGAAAUAAACUAGAUUUUCUGUGCAGCUGCAGCUGUGCAGCACGGAUGUGUCUCCUGCCUGUCACGUCUGUCAUCUGCUAGCCCCACACAGAUGUAUUACUGACACCUUUUGGCUUUUCACAUUACACUAAGCAUCCAUCCAGAAGUCACAACUUCUAAAUGAGAUGAAUCCUUGGGAAAAAAAAAAAAAAAAAAUCUUCAGAACAAAAUCAGCCUUUUUUCUAUCCCUGUAAGCCAAUCGGUUGAAGUACAUCCUUCACCCCUGGAUAGCAGAGUCUAAGAGGAGGCAGGAUUUGACUCCUUUGGAAUCUGCCAUCUCCUGCCAUGGUUGUUUCUUGUCUUCGCCUACACUAAGCUUACACUGAAGAUGAAUUUCAAGUAUUGUUUUGCACUGCUAGCCUUUCACAGACAAAGUGUCUUUUAUUAUUAUGAUUUUUCAGAAAGCGAUGCUGUGUAAAAGAGUUGAGCAGAAGCUGAGCGCUUGUGGGGCUCUCUAAGACAAGUGCUAUUUCAAAGCUUUCAUGCAGUUUUGCAAUGCUUACUUAUCAAACAAGCCAAGUAGUACAGCUACAAUCCUGCCAAAACAAAGGCCUUAUCCAGAGCUCUUUGAGGCUGGUGGGAGGCCUCUUGGUUGACUACAGUUAGAGUUGCACCGUGCCCCUUGGGGCUUUCUUGACAAGUUACUCUCUCAGCCGUGCAGUUUCAAAGCAUAAUUUGUUUCUUUUGGAUCUGAACUUUGCUGUGCUUCCUUUUCCAAUGAAAAGUUCUCCGUGUCCCCUUUCAAUGCGAGUCCCCUUCUCUGUGCUCCUUUUGUACAUGAAACUUCUAAACACGCUCUUCUUUGGGGUCUGAAAAAUCUUUUCUUUCUCCCCUUUGCUUGUUUAUUUUGAGCCAUGCCUAUAGGAGUCUGGAUAUUUCUACGUAUCGGUACUUAUUUUUGUGAUCUUUCGCACUAAGUUUCUCUGACAAAAACUGGAAAAAAAAGCACUGGUGAACUAUUGUAAUUUGUAAGCUCGUUAUUUGUUGUUUGUAAUGUACUGAGUGAGUCUACAAGCCAAGCUAAGGAAGGAUUAAGGCAACAAUUUCUGCUGACAGUUGCUCCAUAUCUAGUUCACCUCUGAUUCACUUCUCUCUCUCUCUCUCCUUUUUUCUUUAAACUGGGGGGCUAUUGAAUUGGUGGUAGGAGACAGAAGAACUCAUGUUGCUGUGCUAACUAAGGUUAUUAUUUUUCUCCUGGCAGUCACAGAAACCAGGAAUUUGAAGAAAUGACAUAUUCUCAAAAUGUCAGCCAGAUAAUCAGCUGUGAGACUGUACUCCACCAUGAGCUGUAGUCACCUAGGGAUGGUGACCUGUAAGAGCAAAUGGGGACAAGACCUCACCCAAUUACAAUUGCAAUGAGGCAGUGCAUGAGGGAAACGCUCUCAGAAAGGUAAAGCUGUUAGAACUCAUGCAUGGUAAUCCUCAGGUUGACGUGGGUGGUUUCAAAUGUUUUUUUUUUUUUUUUUUCCACAUUUUGUUUUUCUAUGGAAUGGAAUAAUAGUUAGCUGCCCAAUCAUAGCCCUGAUCUUCCUGAUGAUCUGCAGAAUAUUGACAAUGUGCUUCAGUCAUGGGAGAGAAUAUCAAACCUUCACCUGGUAAUUAUCUGAAGCUCCCUAGUAAAGUCACCAGAGUUCUCCCAGAUACAUCAGAGGAGGACGAUGCCAUCCCUCAGACAAUCCUAACAUUUAACGAGAUGUUGGGUACAAGAGCAGUGUUUGCUUAGAGACUCUCCUCUUCCCCAUCGCCCUCUCACCUCAGAUGCCUGACAGCUUUUUUCUAAGAUUACCGAUUGCUGUUUGCAUCCCAACACCAUUUCCUUCUUGAUAUGCCAGUCAUUUUUCUUUUUUGCGGCUUUCACUCCCACAACCCUAAUGAAAGUCCAUGUGAUACAAUUUCUGCAUGUGAAAUUAUUUACUGGCUUUUGCAUGCCACAGCCUGUUACAAUUUCAUCUCAUAUAAUUUAGGCACACCGUUCUCUGGCAUGUUUUGUCAUUGCUUCCAGUGCUGAGCACACCUAUCAUUAAGAAAGAAAACUGAGGUAAAGCUUCGAUGCAGUGAGCUGCAGCCUUGGAUGCUGCUCACAACACAGCUCAAACACCUGAGCCCACUCCAUGAACUUUCAGAUAGAGGUUAAGAGAGCAGGCAGGGGUUUUGUUUUUUUCUUUUUUCCCAGGCAUCUAGCCAUAAAAAAUCUGUUAGUUUUGCAAAAGAAAUAUUUGACAUAGACCAAAUGGUAGCAAGAAGCUAAACGUCAUAAUACAGGCUCGAAUACUGCUUCGAAACUCACUUUGUGAAAGAAACAGCCAGCUUCAGACCUGGUUGUAAUCCUGUUGAGGUCAAUGUAGAUACAUCACAGAAGAAUUUAGCCCUAGGUUGCCCUAGGCAAGGGCAGUGAUGAUCUCCUGCAAACUGAGCCUGACAUGUAUGAAUUCAAGUCAGGACCUUAUAUUCAUCAUCCCCUACUGCUGUCAACAAGAGUUGCAUUCACUGCAAUUAUGUGUGUCUUCUAGCAGAACUGUGGCUAAAACUCAGGAUAAGGCAAUGAGCUUCAGCUCCACUUAAGCCUGUGACAUGGCUUAAGUCACCUUCAGGAGUUUCCAGAAAUGCGUGUAGGGGGAGGGGUGGUCUGCUGUCAGCCAGCCUGGGAGCCCACAUUGACUCAAAGAGGAUUUUAUGGAGCUUAAUGGAAUCCACAUCUGGGUGCACUGUGAUGAACUGUAACCUACUUGAAAAAUGAAGGCACCCUAAAAAAGUAAAAAGAAAAUGCAAAACAGCAAGCAUCUCAGGCUGAAAGCUAGCUGAGAUUAAAUACUUAUAAGAAUAAAAAAUUGGUCCUUCUGGAGAGGGAACCCUUUGUCAUUCAUUUUACUUUGUUCUACUUAAAUUAUGUUAAGUAAAUCUCUCAGAACACUGCUCAUUUCUGUAGCAGAGCAAAUAAUAAAAAAAGGACUUUUCUUUUAAUGGUCUGUCAAAGGGUAAUGCAAGAGUCUCUCAGUUACAGUAAAAAGCAAAAUGGAGAUUUAGGAUAUUCCCCUUUCACUAUCUGGUUUUCUGAAGAGAAUUCCACAGGACGUUGCCUCAGUCCAAGUCAGUUUUGUAGACAAUGUAAUAUGUCUUAAUACACUGUUCGGGGAUUGAGAAAAUUUAGCCUUAGCUUCUUUUGUUUUCUAUGGUUACUGUUGUACAGAAGAAAGACAAACUGUAAAUAAUGUAUAUUUAAUAAAAAGAGACUUUUUGUAUGAUUUUGUGUGGAAGA